AUGGCAACUGCGGGGCCUUGCGACGAGUACUCAGAGCUGAGCGACACCUGGCGGAGCGUGAAGAAUUACACACCACCUCUGUUCUGUGACAGAGGACUAACCGCCGGCUGGUACCGUUUCACCGGCCCGGCAGGGGACCGGAUACCGACGGUGAACCCGGGAUCUCUCCUCCGCUGCGGCACCACUGCACCGGUCUGGAUGAACGGACCUCACCCGUCUAUCGCUGACGGGGUGGUGACGCGUCAGGCCUGCACGUUCUGGACAUUCUGGAACGCAGUGGAGCCCUGUUACAACUCUUGGAAUAUUCAAGUCCUGGCUUGUCCCGGUGGUUUCUACGUUUACUACCUCACACCAACUCCUUAUUGUUCUUAUGCCUACUGUGUUGAGAAUGCACAUGACACAGUUGAUGCGACUGUGACGAUGGCAACUGCCAUCAGCAACAGAAGAGGAUGAUUAUCAUUUGCAAAUGAAGAGAUAUGCAUGGAGUUAAGUACGGCUAUCUGAGAACUUGUGUUUCACGAAGAUGAUAGCAGCGCCUUAGUGAUAACUUCAAACGAAAUAAAGUAACAUACUUUGUACAUGCUAUACACAUGGCAUUUUCUGAUUUUAUGUAUUUUCAUAACCAUUUUACUAUGAUAUGCUAAUAUGCUACUUACAUUAUGCUUUGUCUUUUACCGUAGAUUAUUAUUACAUAUUAUUUUAUGUUUUGACACUCCUUCCGAUAAACCAACGCUUCCAAACGAC